AUUAAUAUAAUACAUCCUUAUUCAAUUUUGAGCAGUUUAGUUCAGUAUACAGAUAUUUAUCUGUGUUCUAUUUAUGUUAUUUCGUGUUAUCAAGUUAACGGUCGUGGUGGCGGUUUUAGUCCGUUGGAGUUGGUGAAACAAUCGGAACGGCGUUAAACCGCAUCCGUUCUUUCUGAGGACGGCGAACUUGCACGGCAUGCGUCCCCCAGCCAUCACAAGAGAGGAAGGAAGCCGUACCAAAUCGUCUCCGAUCGAGGGGCAAAGGAAGGCACAGUAUGAGGAAUACGACUCGGAAAAGAAGAAAAACGCCGAGGAAAUCAAACGGCUCAAGAAGGAGAUAAAAGAACUAUCUGCCGCCAAACCAUCCGAGAUCGACGAAGAACUCAUAAAAAUGUCAGGUCUUCCUAUAAAAGAGCUGAAAGAGUUCUUGAACAAGCCACCCGAGGAGGUCGAGAGGAUUUUGGACCUGAAAAACAUGGACUUGAGAAAGAAGCUGGACUUGAUCAAGUACGAAAUUUUCAAGAAGCAAGAGAAGAUAUUAGAUAUUACUAAACAGAUGGAGGACUUUUUGAUGGAAAUGGACCAAGACGCAAUAAGCAAAUACUCUGAACCUAUUCAGAAGGAAAUAUCGAGAUUAGAAAACAAAAUACACCUCGUCAACGUCAACGUUCUUGAAAUGCGACACAUGCAGAAGAAAUACGUCAGGAUCAAGCAGAGUCUUCAAGAAGACAGCGUUUAUUUCGAGAGCACAUUGAAGAAAUUCGAAGAAGAUAUUGCAAAACAACAAACAGAAAUUCAGAGACUGCAGGAGGUUAAAGACGAAGCGUUUACACUGAGAGACAAGACGAGGAACGCCCUGGCGAAACUAGAAGCUGAAGUUAUAGCCGAGGGAAUAGGCAGAGAGCAAGAACUGCAAGACUUGAGGAGAAAAGUCGAAGAAGGUAGGGCCUAUUUAGAGAAGGUCGAAAGAAAACUAGUACCCUCGGUGAAAACCUUGGCCAGGGAAGAAUCGGACGAUGCGGACCGUUUAGUCGAAACCGAAGAUCUAGCGGCUAAGGAAGCUAUUGAAAAAUCUUUAUCCAAGCUCAAGCACGUAACAGGAGCAAAAGAUGAAAUGGACGUUAUACGUAAAUUCAAAACGCAGAAUGAAACCAAAGACAGGCUCGUCAAGCUGAAAGAGACAGUUGAGAAGGAAAAACGCGACCUGGAAAAGCGAAAAGAAAGCUUAGAAUCGGAAUUAGAAGCUCUUAAAUUUGCUCAAGUCAAAGAAAAAGAACAGAACGAAGAGGAGUUAGAAAAACUGAAAAACAGCAUCGUCAAGAAAAAAAGUGAGAAAAUAAGACUAGAGAGCGAAUUCGAAAACGACGAGAAACAGUUGAACGAUAUUAUAGAGUUCUUUUACGACCUGUGCAAGCUGAUGAAGGGUUUCGAAGAUACCCCAGCCCCGGAGAGAAAUGAAGAUGAAGAGAUACCGGAGCUCAUAGAGACGGUUGAAAUCAAGAUAGCUGCCUUGAUGAAGUAUGUGGAGGACAAUGGUAUAUUGGAUGAAAUGCUGACGGACGAGAUGCUCGAGGAAAACCUUGGAAUAGAAGAACCUUUUGAUAAGAAAGGCGAAGGCGAAAAGGAGGCGGAUAAAACUGAAAUAACAGAUGUCCCAACAAGGACCUUCCUCAAAAGGCAGUCGCAACUCAUCGUCGAGGCAAAGACAAGAAAGAGAGGCUUUAACCGUGAUCCAAUACCAGGAUACAAAUAAAAUAAAUUUACCUUUUGUACUUUUAUGACUAAAAAAAGUAAUUUUAAAUUUCAACAGUAUAUCUGUCUAUUGGUCUCUGAA